UUAGAUAAGUUUUACUGGCUAUAAAUUGAAACUGUAACUUUUUUUUAUUUUAGUUUUGGUUCAAAAUGGGAGUGUUCACGAAGUGUGUGGUGCUGCUGUGCGCUGCUAUUGCAGCUACCUCGGGCCGUAACGUACGAGCUGAAAAUGUGGUCUUUCAUCUAUUCACAAGACAGAACCCGAGCGUGUCGCAGCCGAUCCUGGCGUCGGUGCAGUCCAUCAUGAGCUCCCCGCUGCAGCAGGCCAGCCGCACCGUGGUCACCGUGCACGACCAGGGCGAUGCUGUCGCCGGGAACUUCAACGCUUUUGUUGUGCCUGCUGAACUGACGGCUUACGACGUGAACGUGAUCGCCAUCGACUGGAGCAACAGCGGCUCUCCCUCUCAAGUCGGCGAGGCCAUCGCCUACUUCCUGGACUUCCUGGUGGACAACUUCGACUACGAUGCGCAGGGCAUCCGCCUGGUCGGUUUCGGAGUAGGCGCCCACAUUGCAGGAAUUGCCGCUAGGAAGGCGCAGGCUGAUAUCACUCAUCUUAUUGCUCUCGACCCAACCCUCAACGGCUGGUCCGACAACCCUGACCGCCUGACCUCCAACGUGGCCGUGUGUGUCGAAACACUCCACACCUCCGCUCUCGGCGUGGCCAGUCCCGUGGGAAAACUGGACUUCUACCCCAACGGGGGGUCCAGCCAGAAUGGCUGUGAAGCUGACAACACCUGCUCUCAUGACUACGCUUACUUGUUCUACUCGGAGUCACUGACGGCUGAGGUUCAGAACAGCGAGCUGUUUGUCGGAACUAAGUGCAACUCGUACGAGGCGGCUACGCAGUCUCAGUGUAAUGGGGCCAAGGAUAUUGUGUUCGGUGGACGCGCUAUCAAGGAAUCCGAAUCCGGAAUCUACACGUUCACCACGAACCCCUCCCCGCCCUUCGCCCGCGGAUAAACCAUUUACUAUCAUCAAAACAUAAUAUUAUUUGACAUAAGUAAACAAAAAACAAGUUAA